AUGGCAGAACCUAUAAGCCUCGCUUCCGGACUACUGACUUUGACUGCCUUUGCCUUUAAGUCUAGCAUCACGCUUUAUGAGACCAUCAAGAGUUUUCAGUCUCAUCCUAAAACUGUACGCGACCUUCUUGAGGAGCUUGAGGAAUUGGGUGAGGUUCUAAGCCCACUCACGGACACGGUCAAUGCCAAUGUAGACCUCUCUGCUCUUAAACUUCCCUUACUACGCUGCGGAAAUGCCUGCAAAGAAUUUAAAGAGGAAAUUAUGAAAUGUUCAUCGCGGUCCGAUUGUCGUCGGACGAGCUUUCGAGACUGGGCCAAGUUAAGGUACAUAGGUGACGACAUCAACUGUUUCACACAAGCACUGGCUGGAUACAAGUUGACCAUCAACAUAGCCCUCACUGAUGCAAAUCUACCUCGUAAAGAACGCGAAGGCUGA